AUGAACGGAAGAGCGAGACGCAUAUUGUCUUUGGUUCCAGCACGAAAUGCUGGUUCUGAUGUUAGUGAUGGAUCCAGUAGUGAUGAUGAAGUCAGAGAUGUCGAGAGUUCACCAGCGCCGUCUCUGGAUUCAUCAUUUGAAAAGCUCGACAUUCUCGGCAGCCCCACUUCAUCGCCCAAUCAUCCGAAGCAAGAGGUGGAAUCACGUGCAGAAGAUCUUUCUGAUGUGGAUUCAGAGACUUUUCAAGUUUCCCUAACGCCAAUCCUGAACGCCGUGUUCCCUAGCCCUACGCAAUGCAAUUACGACGCAAUACCUUUAAUUUCUUCUGUAUCAUCUAUAACGUCUGUUGAACCAUCUACUCCCAUAGCGGAUGUCACACCUUUAGUGACACGUGGGCAAAGGAAACGUACUGGGCCUUCUGUUUCUGUUAAUAAAGUGAAAAGGCGGUGUAUCAAAAAACUAAGCUUACGUUUCCGUUGGAAGAAAGUGUCAUUUCAACACAGAGCUAACAUACCUAAUAAUACGUUUGAAGAUGAAGUUCCAGUUGAUUGGUCUCCUUUGGACUAUUUUUUUCGAUUUUUCCCCAGAGAUUUGUUGUUGGACAUUUGCAUAAACAAUGCAUGGCUGUUACGUCGUAGACACGACAACCAAAUAAAUAAAAAGAGGAAGCAAGAUCGCCUAAAAGACUUUCGUUACGAAAUUUAUGCCGGACUUCUGAAACGUAAUAGAAUUGUGCCCGUAAAAGACGUUUUGUCUGUACCCGAAAAAAGUAAGAUUAAGAAACCGAUGGCCGAGAGGCCUCUUGACGAUGUGCGGGCGAAAAAUGAAGUACAACGAAUACUGCGGUGGCUUGAUGAGUAUAAUAGUGACUCGGACUAUGGCGACAAGUGCUUCGAACAUAUUGAUUACGUCUCAGUGUCUGAACUAAGUGAAUUUAAGGAUAACUCGGAGGAGUCAUCAAGUUUCGACACUGAGAGAAGUUUUGCUGAGAUUGUUCCAAAAAAAUAA